CUGGAGAGGGAGGGAGGUAGAGAUUCGGUGAUCCAGAUGAAAGCAGAGAUUAUUUAUUUCUCUGGGGGAGCGAGAGAGAGGGAGGGAGAGAGGGACAGACAGCAGCAUAGUCUUGUCAGGACUGCGCCGAUCUAAUGCGUCUCUUACAAACGAGCCAUUAAAAGCCGAUCAAGCGCUCGCAGUCUUCAAAGUUUGGAUUUCCUCAUCCCUCCCGUGCGUACUCUGUGCCAUUCCGAGCAGGUGGAUGCUGUCAUGCCAUUUGGGUGCCUUGCUCUGCGAGAUGGGCGGUCAUACAACAGCCUGUCAGACGUCACUGACAAAUACGAGAUUGGACAGGUCCUCAAGGCAAAAGAAUUUUGUGAGCUGUGCCUGGUAAAGGAACGACAGACGGACAAGGUCUAUGUGUGCAAGAAAUUCCUCAAGAAGGAUGGCAGGAAAGUGCGGAAGGCAGCCAAGAACGAGAUCAUGAUCUUGAAAAUGGUCAAACACCCAAACAUCCUGCAGCUGAUUGAUGCAUUCGAGACCAGGAAAGAGUUCUUCAUCAUACAAGAGCUAGCCACAGGUGGAGAUGUGUUUGACUGGAUCUUAGACCAGGGAAACUACACAGAGAGAGAUGCCGCCAAUGUGAUCCGUCAGGUCUUAGAAGCAGUGGCAUACCUUCACUCCCUAAACAUAGUCCACAGGAAUUUAAAGCUGGAGAACUUGAUGUACUAUAGAGAGAGCAACCACAACAAGGUCGUGUUGCGAGAUUUCUACCUGUCCAGGUUUGAGAACGGCUCAAUCACAGAGCCCUGUGGGACACCCGAGUACCUAGCUCCUGAAGUGGUGGCUCGUCAUCGCUAUGGAAGACCAGUUGAUUGCUGGGCAGUGGGGGUCAUUGUGUACAUACUGUUGUCUGGAAACCCUCCGUUCUAUGAUGAAACUGAGGAGGAGAACACUGAUAUGCACAACCGGAUAAUCUUCUGCCGCAUUGUUGCUGGAGAAUUUGAAUUCGAUUCACCAUACUGGGAUGAAAUUUCCCCUGCUGCAAAGGAGCUUGUCUGUAGACUUAUGGAGGUUGACCCGAUGCUGAGAAUCACUGCACAAGAUGCACUUUCACAUGGAUGGAUUGCUGGAAAUGGGGCUUCGGAAAAGAAUCUGAAGGAAGGAGUCUGUGCUCAAUUUGAGAAAAACUUUGCUAAGGCCAAGUGGAGGAAAGCGAUUCGUGUCACCACAUUCAUGCAGCGUCUCCGAGCCUCUGAUAUGGGAUCUUCUGAUGGGGCAGCAGAAGGCCAGGGCAAAGGGGUCAGAGUGGAUGGAUUCGAUGGUAAGGGGAUACAAACAGACUCAGGCGGCAUUUCUACUGUGAGCAUGUCCCAUGAGGUGUCCGCUGAAAAUAAACCUGUGGAGAAUCAAGAAGAGGAUAAAGCAAGAAACCUAAAAGCAGAAGAGAAAGAAGCAGAGACCCUUGCCAGAUCAAACAGCUCUUUAAAAGUACAAGCAGAUGAGCCGAACAUGAAAGAGUCUACCGAAGGCACUUCUGAAAGGGAGGACAAACCUUUAACAAGAGCGAGCCAGAAAGCAGCACCCAGCCAGCCUAACAAGACAUCAGACAACCGAGAGAACAAUGUCCCCAAGGAGCCAGAGGCCACAACUGUUGGCAAUGUCGAGAAGAAAUCAUCUUUCCCCGAUACUCCAAAUCGACGAAAAAUGGCUGCCAAUCUCUCGAUGGAUCAUGGCUUAUGUUCAGAUGCCAAAACCAGUACCAAGGAACCACCUCUUAAAUCAGAAGAAAAAAAAGACACAGUCCAUGAUAUGGCCGCAAAUAGCUGGUGUCAAACACAGCUCCCAGAAGCAGUAGCAGAGAGGCCAGUGGAAGUAGGGGCGACUUGCGAGGUCAAUCCUAAGAGCAGAGAGUCGAAGAAAGGACGAACGGACAAGGGUAGCCAGUCUGUGAAAAACAUCCAGUGUACAUAUGCCAGUUUGGGAUCUUCAAGUCUCGGCCAUGAUAAAACGGUAUUUGAGCAGGAGCUGCAAGAGAUGGUCCAAGGUGCAUCAGGGUUUGCUAGCCCGUACUGUCCAACUUACUCUGUUGGACAGUACGCUGGUUUAGAUCCCGGAAGUGGAGCCAGUGCGGAUUGGCAAAUGGAUUGUGUAAUCGAACAAAUUGAGAAGCAAAUGGCUGCCGUGUUAGAGAAGAUCGAGGGGGACAUGCCUUCGUUGCUGGAGCAGAUCAGCGACCAUCCCAAGACCCUUCCGAGAGCAAAGAGUGCCAGCUCUUCCCCGUCACCCCGAUCUCGCUCAUACCAUCAUUCGACCCCACCACCCCUUCCCACCACACCUCGCCCAGCAAUGCCUUCUCUACCACACCUGACCCUCCCGCCUCCCUCGUACCCACCACCUUCCCCACCAAGUCACAUCCAGGGUCACAGCCAUCCAACUGCCAAUGACGGUAACAGUGAUGGCCAGAAGUCUACAAAGCGGUCUGGCCAAUCACCAAGGGGAAGUGUAUCAGGAAAAGGGUUGUAAAUAUGCUAAGAGGGUGUGAGCGCUCAAGAAUGAAGGAGGUGCACCAAGAACAAAAAAUCUUUGGGCUAUGGAUUAUGGAUCCAUGAGUACAGCAUACGUUUUAGGGCUGAACAAUGAUCUUUGGGCUCCAACACAAAGAGCCUUUUUACUGAUUGUAUGUGAUGGAUGAAAAGCUUUUUUUUAUGUGUAAAGAAGAAAGUAACUGAGCAAACUGAAAAUAUGGAAAAUUAUUUUGUUUUAUUAGAGAAAACAGUUAAGGUUAUUCCACUACAAAUGGUUGUAAAUGGUUCUGCUCUACACUACAAGAUCAUAGCAAACACUAUUAUGUUUCCAAAAUAACAAUUAAAUUAAAAACUAAAUUAAAAUUUAAUUUAUGCAUUUAUCAGAUGCUUUUAUCCAAAGCAACUUACAUUGAAUUCAGGCUAACAACUUUCUCCUAACAUGUGUUCCCUGGGAUUCGAACCCACAACCUUGCGCUUGCUAAAGCAAUGCGUAACCACUUGAGCUACAGGAAACUAAUACCAUACAGUUAUUAUAAUGUAGAGUCUGAGGAGGGUUUGGAUACAAGAGUUUAUAUAACUUGAAAAAGUCACCUUUAAAUAAACUUGUUCCCUUAAAGCAAGUUGGCAUCCUGCUCUGUUUUGGAGAACCACUGCGCAUUUGCUCUUCACCACGUACUGAGUUUGAAGAGUGUUAUUUUUUUUUUCACUUCAUCUUGGAUUUUUGCUCUGAGACAGUGAAGUUGAAGCAGUGCAUCUGUGUACUCUCAUCAAUCAUUUACCUUCUUCAAAACUUCCAAUAAGACUAUUUCAUUUAUCUCUCUUAUAUAUGUUCUCGCAUUGUACAGCAGUUUCUAUAAGUCUCUGCCAAACAGGUCAUUCUUUCAUUGACUGAGAAUAAUAAUGCUCAGAGGGCGAUAAUAGAUCACAACUUUGAGACUACAGUACUUUACAACUAUAUUCUCUUUCCUGGCCUUUUUUAUUCUCUGUUGUAUGUGUCCAUCUACGUGUCUGUUUGAUUCUUAUUCUCUUACUCUAUUUUCUCAAUUUAUGAUGUAAACUAAUAUAUCUUUACAUUGUAUAGUACUUUUGCUAAUAUAUCCUAAAGUAAGCUCUAAUGUCUAUAUGUAAAGUCCUUGCAAAUGUCUGUGAAUUGUAACUGUGGCUUUCACCCCAACCCCCAAAUAAUAUUAUAUAGAUUUUGGUGAUGUGAAUAUUCUUCCAAGUUUAUUUUAUUUUUUGCACUCUCUACAUGACCAUUUCAAUAAAAUUCAGAUCAAACCA